CAUGGCGUCCCUGCAUUGAGGCGAGGAAGUCAUACACAAAGAUGAGCAGCAACAACAACUCGCUCGGCAUCCAGCGUGGUAAUUACCAAUGGAGCCUUUCCGGACCACUUCUUCUAGUCCUGGGCCGCCUUGCCUGCAUACCACUGCAGUAUGCUAUCGUCACGCACCACCCGCUAUCCGUUCUUGGUAUCCCUCAGCGCUCCAUCGAUCUGUCGUUCUGGCCCGCAGCUCUGCCUCCACCGCCUCCACCGCUUCUCAUCUUCCUAGCAACGACCGGCAUUCUCAUCGCCAAGCAGAGCAUCUGGGUAUUCGGCAUCUGCAAUGAGUAUAUGACCGUCCCCUUCGCACUAUUCGGCGUGCUCGCCGAUUUCUUCUACGAGGGUGUGAGCGCUCUUGUCUUCACGGUACCGGGUGAUUCAUUGCUCUUGCCUCUGGAAGAAAUGUUAGCAAAUCUGAUCACCAUCGUAAUCUGUGACUGUCAGCGAUUUACUGAAUACAUAAUAUAA